GCGGGGUGACCGCCUCCUUCCUGCCCUGGCGGCGAGGCGAGCGCGGGGCCGCAGCCGCGGCAGCAGCGCCAUGUGCCAGCGCCGCCGCGAGGGACCGGGGAGCUGGCACCUGGCAGCGCCGCGCGGGGCCGGGGGCUGCUGCCACCCCCCGCGGGGGCUGCGAGCUGCCGGGAGGGGAGCGCCCCGAGCGUGGGGCCUUUGAACUUCGCAGGUGCCCGAGCUAGAUGUGGUCCCGCGGAAGGUGUCGGUAGGAUGUGGGCUGAAGGCUGUCGUCGCCGCCAGGACGGCUCUUGUCGGGCUCCAGCAGCACCGUUGGAGGCCCCGGGGGAUGGAGGCAGGGCCCCCGCGGGGCAGGUGCAGUGGGGGGGCUGUCUCCCCCCGGGGACAUCCGGGUGGCAGCCCACUGUGGCGAAGCGUGUGACGCCAGAAGCGCAGGCGAGGCUCAUAUUUGGGCACGGAGCAGGUUAUUGGAGGCCGCGGCCCCGCAGCCGGGAGAUGAGGCGCCUGAUAAAGGCUGCCCCGGUGCUGCUGCCUGCGUUGGCUCGGGCGCAGGGCUGCGAGAGCUGCCCCGGCUGCGCCGGCUCGGGGCCGGUGCCGUGGGGCCGGUGGCCGUGGGGCCGGUGCCGUGGGGCCGGUGCCGUGGGGCCGGUGGCCAUGGGGCCGGUGGCGGCGCUGGGGCUGCUGCUGUGCGUGCGGCUGUGUGCGGGCUCCGGGCAGCUGCGUCUGGUGGGCGGCGGCGGGCGCUGUGCCGGGCGCGUGGAGGUGGAGCACGGCGGUGAGUGGGGCUCCGUGUGCGUCAACGAUUUCGACUGGGAACCUCGCAUAGGCGAGGUGGUGUGCCGGCUGCUGGGCUGUGGCCGGGUGGCCAGGGUGUCCCCGUACGCCAGGUUUGGGCAGGGCACCGGGCGGAUCUGGCUGCAGCUCUUACUCUGCCGAGGAGGUGAGAGUGCGCUGGAGGAGUGUACGCACUUUGGAUGGGGACGGCACAUCUGCGGCCACGAGCGGGAUGUGGGGGUGAUCUGCACAGAUGCCGUGGAGCUGAGGCUGGUGGGCGGCAGCAGUCCCUGUGCCGGGAGGGUGGAGGUGAAGCUGCAGGGACAGUGGGGCUCGUUGGGAGACGACGAUUGGGACAUGGAGGACGCCGAGGUGGUUUGCCGGCAGCUGGGCUGUGGCUCGGCUUCUGGUGCCUACUCUGCCCAUGACACGUUCGGUCAAGGGAAUGGGCUCAUCAGCCUGGCCAGGGUGGACUGCGGUGGGUACGAGGCCACGCUCUGGGACUGUGAGAUCCGUGGCUGGGGACCCUAUAAAUUCUUCAACCAUUACUGGGACACGGCUGUUGUCUGCCAAGGAUUAUCCCGGCUAGUGGGAGGUGAUGGAGCCUGUGCCGGGCGUCUGGAGGUGCGUCGGGGCCGGGCCUGGGUCGGUGUCUGUGAGGAUCAGGUGGACAUGAAGGCGGCCCAGGUGGUGUGCAGGGAGCUGGGCUGCGGUGAGGCGCUCGCCAUCCCUGGCAGCGCUCGAUUUGGGAGAGGAUCAGGGUCAUUGUGGGACGGUGGCUUCCAGUGCAAUGGCACCGAGUCCCUGCUCAGUGAGUGUGCCCGGCGUCUGCCCCUCAGCCAGGCCUGCGCCGGCCCUGCCAGCGUCAUCUGCUCCGCCUACACGGGCUUCCGGCUGGGGAACAGCAGCUCGGGAUGCUCCGGGCGAGUGGAGGUGGCAGUGAGGGGGACGUGGGGAUCCGUGUGCGCCAGCGAGUGGGACCUGGCCGAUGCGCACGUCCUGUGCCGCCACCUGGGCUGCGGCCGCGCCUCCAGCGUGCCCCCGGGAGGCUCCUUCGGCAGCGGGGAGGGGACACUGCGGCCGGACGCCUUCGGCUGCCACGGGAGCGAGCGGCACCCGGGCGAGUGCCCCGUGGCCGUGCUGGGGAAGCCGCCCUGUGUGCCCGGAAACGCCGCCGCCGUCAACUGCUCAGGUGCUGGCUUUGUCACGACCCUGCGGCUGGUGGAUGGUCAGAGCUUGUGUGAUGGGCGGCUGGAGGAGGCCAUAACCAGCCCAGCCUGGCGCCGUGUGCCGCUGGAGCAGUGGAAGUCAUGGGAUGUCAACGUGGUAUGUUCCGUGCUGGGCUGUGGCCAAGCCAGGGAUGUUUACUCUGCCUUGGGUACGGCUACUGCAUUGAGCAGCAGCCCCAGCCUGGUGGACAUCCGGACUGAAGAGAUGGACGGCGUUUUGGACGUGGGCUCUGCACUGACCGGCAGCCCUGAGGAGAUGGAUGACCAGCUGGAGGAGAGGGGCGAUGUCUCAGGGAUGGGCCCUGCGCUGAACAGCAGCGUGGAGGAGAUGGCCAUCACCUGCUCAGGCAGCCGGCAGGUGAGGCUGGCGGGGAGCUCGGGCCGCUGUGCCGGGCGCGUGGAGGUCUAUUCCGGGGGCAGCUGGAGCUCCGUCUGCCAGGAAGGCUGGGAGCUGCAGGACGCCGCCGUUGUCUGCCGGGAGCUGGGCUGUGGCAUGGCACUGGAGGCCCCGAGCCGGGCGCGCUUCGGUGCCGGCACGGGGCCGCUGUGGCCGUACGUGCCCGACUGCUCCGGCUCCGAGGAGUCUCUCUGGGAAUGCGGGCGCACGGAACGGCGCGAGUGCGGGCGCGGUGGCGGGGCAGGGGCCGUCUGCUCAGAGCAGCUCUCGGUGCGGCUGGCAGGAGGCCCUGGGCGCUGCCGGGGGUACCUGGAGGUGUCCUACAACGGCACCUGGGGCCGCGUCUGCGCCAACGGCACCAGAACCGGCACCGGCACCGCCGUCUGCCGCCAGCUGGGCUGUGGGCACCGGGGCUGGCUCUCGGCUGUCCCCAUCCAGCAGCCGUCCCUGGCGUGGCUGGCCUGGGUGGGCUGUGAGGACGGGGCCCGCUCGCUCUGGGGGUGCCCCUCGGCCCCCUGGCACCUGCAGAGCUGUGGCACCGGCGGCUACGCCCAAGUGGAGUGUGAGGAGGACAGCGAUGGCACCUCUGAGGGACGCACUACCCCACAUGCAGAGGGUGCCACCAGCACAGGUGUCCCCAGCAGAUCGCCCUCAGCAGUGGCCGUGGGGACUGUGCCUGUGCCCACUGUGCUGUGCGUGGUGCUGGGGACGCUGCUGUGCCUGUCCCUGGGUGCCCUGGCCCUGCUGCUGUGCCGUGCCCGUGCCUGGCGCCGAGGCCCUGGCAGAGCUGCAGAUGCCAUCUCCAACGCUGUCUACGAGGAGCUGGAUUACAAAGCCGUGCCAGAGUACCAGGAGGUGCCCACUCCCCCAGGUUCCCUGUCGGAGGGACGGGUGAAGAAGCUGCCGUAUUACACCGGGGACAGCGUGGAGGGGAGUGACACCGAGGCCGCCCCAGAUCCCCCUGCCCGGCCCGAGCAAGGAACCCCAGAGGGCUACGACGAUGUCCUGGAUGUGCCACAGGAGGCCCCUGCUCCCAGCACUGGGGACAUCUCUGAGGGAGUGACACGGCAGAAAUCGAUCUGUGUCCUCCCCACAGGUGGGAUCUGCUCCCCUCCAUGUCCCCCAGGAGCAACAACAGACUUCUCAGAUCCGAGCCCAGGGAAUACGGACUAUGAUGAUGUGGGCAGCAGCGCCCCGGCGACACUACCGCCUCCUUCCUGCCCUGGCGGCGAGGCGAGCGCGGGGCCGCAGCCGCGGCAGCAGCGCCAUGUGCCAGCGCCGCCGCGAGGGACCGGGGAGCUGGCACCUGGCAGCGCCGCGCGGGGCCGGGGGCUGCUGCCACCCCCCGCGGGGGCUGCGAGCUGCCGGGAGGGGAGCGCCCCGAGCGUGGGGCCUUUGAACUUCGCAGGUGCCCGAGCUAGAUGUGGUCCCGCGGAAGGUGUCGGUAGGAUGUGGGCUGAAGGCUGUCGUCGCCGCCAGGACGGCUCUUGUCGGGCUCCAGCAGCACCGUUGGAGGCCCGGGGAUGGAGGCAGGGCCCCCGCGGGGCAGGUGCAGUGGGGGGGCUGUCUCCCCCCGGGGACAUCCGGGUGGCAGCCCACUGUGGCGAAGCGUGUGACGCCAGAAGCGCAGGCGAGGCUCAUAUUUGGGCACGGAGCAGGUUAUUGGAGGCCGCGGCCCCGCAGCCGAGAGAUGAGGCGCCUGAUAAAGGCUGCCCCGGUGCUGCUGCCUGCGUUGGCUCGGGCGCAGGCCUGAGGGAGCUGCCCCGGCUGCGCCGGCUCGGGGCCGGUGCCGUGGGGCCGGUGGCGUGGGGCCGGUGGCCAUGGGGCCGGUGGCGGCGCUGGGGCUGCUGCUGUGCGUGCGGCUGUGUGCGGGUGAGUGGCGGCGGGCGGGAGCGGGGCCCGCGGCGGUGGCGGGCCCGGCUCAGCAGCCCCCGUGCCGCAGGCUCCGGGCAGCUGCGUCUGGUGGGCGGCGGCGGGCGCUGUGCCGGGCGCGUGGAGGUGGAGCACGGCGGUGAGUGGGGCUCCGUGUGCGUCUUCGACUUCCACUGGGACGCUCGCUUGGCCGAGGUGGUGUGCCGGCUGCUGGGCUGUGGCCGGGUGGCCAGGGCGUCCCCGUACGCCCCGUUCGGGCAGGGCACCGGGCGGAUCUGGCUGCAGCCCUUCUUCUGCCGAGGAGGUGAGAAUGCGCUGGAGGAGUGUCCGCACUUUGGAUGGGGACGGCACUUCUGCGGCCACGACCGGGAUGUGGGGGUGACCUGCACAGAUGCCGUGGAGCUGAGGCUGGUGGGCGGCAGCAGUCCCUGUGCCGGGAGGGUGGAGGUGAAGCUGCAGGGACAGUGGGGCUCGGUGGGAGACAACGACUGGGACAUGGAGGACACCGAGGUGGUUUGCCAGCAGCUGGGCUGUGGCUCGGCUUCCAAAGCCUACUAUGCCCGUGACACCUUCGGUCUAGGGGGCUGGCUCGUCAGUCUGGCCAGGGUGGACUGCGGUGGGUACGAGGCCACGCUCUGGGACUGCAAGAUCCGUGGCUGGGGACCCUAUAAAUUCUUCAACCAUUACUGGGACACAGCUGUUGUCUGCCAAGGAUUCUCCCGGCUAGUCGGAGGUGAUGGAGCCUGUGCCGGGCGUCUGGAGGUGCGUCGGGGCCGGGCCUGGGUCGGUGUCUGUGAGGAUCAGGUGGACAUGAAGGCGGCCCAGGUGGUGUGCAGGGAGCUGGGCUGCGGUGAGGCGCUCGCCAUUCCUGGCAGCGCUCGAUUUGGGAGAGGAUCAGGGUCAUUCUGGGACGGUGGCUUCCAGUGCAAUGGCACCGAGUCCCUGCUCAGUGCGUGUGCCCGGCGUCUGCCCCUCAGCCAGGCCUGCGCCGGCCCUGCCAGCGUCAUCUGCUCCGCCUACACGGGCUUCCGGCUGGGGAACAGCAGCUCGGGAUGCUCCGGGCGAGUGGAGGUGGCAGUGAGGGGGACGUGGGGAUCCGUGUGCGCCAGCGAGUGGGACCUGGCCGAUGCGCACGUCCUGUGCCGCCACCUGGGCUGCGGCCGCGCCUCCAGCGUGCCCCCGGGAGGCUCCUUCGGCAGCGGGGAGGGGACACUGCGGCCGGACGCCUUCGGCUGCCACGGGAGCGAGCGGCACCCGGGCGAGUGCCCCGUGGCCGUGCUGGGGAAGCCGCCCUGUGUGCCCGGAAACGCCGCCGCCGUCAACUGCUCAGGUGCUGGCUUUGUCACGACCCUGCGGCUGGUGGAUGGUCAGAGCUUGUGUGAUGGGCGGCUGGAGGAGGCCAUAACCAGCCCAGCCUGGCGCCGUGUGCCGCUGGAGCAGUGGAAGUCAUGGGAUGUCAACGUGGUAUGUUCCGUGCUGGGCUGUGGCCAAGCCAGGGAUGUUUACUCUGCCUUGGGUACGGCUGCUGCAUUGAGCAGCAGCCCCAGCCUGGUGGACAUCAGGACUGAAGAGAUGGACGGCGUUUUGGACGUGGGCUCUGCACUGACCGGCAGCCCUGAGGAGAUGGAUGACCAGCUGGAGGAGAGGGGCAAUGUCUCAGGGAUGGGCCCUGCGCUGAACAGCAGCGUGGAGGAGAUGGCCAUCACCUGCUCAGGCAGCCGGCAGGUGAGGCUGGCGGGGAGCUCGGGGCGCUGUGCCGGGCGCGUGGAGGUCUAUUCCGGGGGCAGCUGGAGCUCCGUCUGCCAGGAAGGCUGGGAGCUGCAGGACGCCGCCGUUGUCUGCCGGGAGCUGGGCUGUGGCACGGCACUGGAGGCCCCGAGCCGGGCGCGCUUCGGUGCCGGCACGGGGCCGCUGUGGCCGUACGUGCCCGACUGCUCCGGCUCCGAGGAGUCUCUCUGGGAAUGCGGGCGCACGGAACGGCGCGAGUGCGGGCGCGGUGGCGGGGCAGGGGCCGUCUGCUCAGGUCGGUGCCGGGCACCCCAAGGUCAGGGCCCGGCAGAGGCCCCGGGGGGUUCCCGGCCGUGCCGUGACCCCCCCGCACCCCUUGCAGAGCAGCUCUCGGUGCGGCUGGCAGGAGGCCCUGGGCGCUGCCGGGGGUACCUGGAGGUGUCCUACAACGGCACCUGGGGCCGCGUCUGCGCCAACGGCACCAGCACCGACACCGGCACCGCCGUCUGCCGCCAGCUGGGCUGUGGGCACCGGGGCUGGCUCUCGGCUGUCCCCACCCAGCAGCCGUCCCUGGCGUGGCUGGCCUGGGUGGGCUGUGAGGACGGGGCCCGCUCGCUCUGGGAGUGCCCCUCGGCCCCCUGGCACCUGCAGAGCUGUGGCACCGGCGGCUACGCCCAAGUGGAGUGUGAGGAGGACGGCGAUGGCACCUCUGAGAGACGCACUACCCCAUAUCCGGAGGGUGCCACCAGCACAGGUGUCCCCAGCAGAUCGCCCUCAGCAGUGGCCGUGGGGACUGUGCCUGUGCCCACUGUGCUGUGCGUGGUGCUGGGGACGCUGCUGUGCCUGUCCCUGGGUGCCCUGGCCCUGCUGCUGUGCCGUGCCCGUGCCCGGCGCCGAGGCCCUGGCAGAGCUGCAGAUGCCAUCUCCAACGCUGUCUACGAGGAGCUGGAUUACAAAGCCGUGCCAGAGUACCAGGAGGUGCCCACUCCCCCAGGUUCCCUGUCGGAGGGACGGGUGAAGAAGCUGCCGUAUUACACCGGGGACAGCGUGGAGGGGAGUGACACCGAGGCAGCCCCAGAUCCCCCUGCCCGGCCCGAGCAAGGAACCCCGGAGGGCUACGACGAUGUCCUGGAUGUGCCACAGGAGGCCCCUGCUCCCAGCACUGGGGACAUCUCUGAGGGAGUGGCACGGCAGAAAUCGAUCUGUGUCCUCCCCACAGGUGGGAUCUGCUCCCCUCCAUGUCCCCCAGGAGCAACAACAGACUUCUCAGAUCCGAGCCCAGGGAACACGGACUAUGAUGAUGUGGGCAGCAGCGCCCCGGCGACACUGCCUGACCCCGACAGGGAGGGAGGUGCCGAGCCAGGCUGGAUGCCGCUGCGGCCCUGCCUGUCCCGCAGCCUGCGCUGCCCGGCUCGGGAAUGGCGGGCACGGAAGGGAAGGUGGCAGGGCCCUCACUCAGCGCAGGCUCCGCAGCGGGCAGGCGGGAUGCCGGAGCUGCUGGCAGAGCUGCAGGACGCCGUGGGUUCCCAGCUCGUUGUCACUCCGGCCCGGGCAGGUAGGCAGCAGCAGGGGCUGGUGAGGCGGCAAGAGCGCAGCCCGACCAGAGCCCUCGGGAAAGAAGCUCCGAGCCCACCGCGGGCCCGCGGAGGUAUCCGUGGGGUCGGAGAGCUCCUGUCCCCUGUGGCCGGGGCAGCAGCCGCCCACCCGCCCAGGCCGCCGCCGCUGCCCUCCUGUGUCGGCCCGCAGCGCCCUGGCCCGGUGCGGGCUCGGCGCGGUGCGGGCGUGUGUGAGCGGAGCAGCCCCGGACAGCGCCCGGUGCCGCAGUGCCCGGCAGCGCGGGGGGAUGGGGCAGGGCAGCUCCCGCCGCCGCCGCGGCGAGGGACCGGGACGUGCUGCCCGUGGGGAAUCGCUGCGGUGCCGCCGGGUGGGGAGCAGCGGCAGUUCCCGCUGCUCCGUCUGCUCCGGGGGGAGCCCGGGACGAGAGUCCGGGAAGUUCGGGUCGAUCGCACUUCGCAGGUGCCCGAGCUAGAUGUGGUCCCGCGGAAGGUGUCGGUAGGAUGUGGGCUGAAGGCUGUCGUCGCCGCCAGGACGGCUCUUGUCGGGCUCCAGCAGCACCGUUGGAGGCCCGGGGGAUGGAGGCAGGGCCCCCGCGGGGCAGGUGCAGUGGGGGGGCUGCCUCCCCCCGGGGACAUCCGGGUGGCAGCCCACUGUGGCGAAGCGUGUGACGCCAGAAGCGCAGGCGAGGCUCAUAUUUGGGCACGGAGCAGGUUAUUGGAGGCCGCGGCCCCGCAGCCGGGAGAUGAGGCGCCUGAUAAAGGCUGCCCCGGUGCUGCUGCCUGCGUUGGCUCGGGCGCAGGCCUGAGGGAGCUGCCCCGGCUGCGCCGGCUCGGGGCCGGUGCCGUGGGGCCGGUGCCGUGGGGCCGGUGGCCAUGGGGCCGGUGGCGGCGCUGGGGCUGCUGCUGUGCGUGCGGCUGUGUGCGGGUGAGUGGCGGCGGGCGGGAGCGGGGCCCGCGGCGGUGGCGGGCCCGGCUCAGCAGCCCCCGUGCCGCAGGCUCCGGGCAGCUGCGUCUGGUGGGCGGCGGCGGGCGCUGUGCCGGGCGCGUGGAGGUGGAGCACGGCGGUGAGUGGGGCUCCGUGUGCCUCUUUGAACACGACUGGGAAGCUCGCUGGGCCGCGGUGGUGUGCCGGCUGCUGGGCUGUGGCCGGGUGGCCAGGGCGUCCCCGUACGCCCCGUUCGGGCAGGGCACCGGGCGGAUCUGGCUGCAGCCCUUCUUCUGCAGAGGAGUUGAGAGUGCGCUGGAGGAGUGUACCCACUUUGGAUGGGGACGGCACUUCUGCGGCCACGACCGGGAUGUGGGGGUGACCUGCACAGAUGCCGUGGAGCUGAGGCUGGUGGGCGGCAGCAGUCCCUGUGCCGGGAGGGUGGAGGUGAAGCUGCAGGGACAGUGGGGCUCGGUGGCAGACGGCGAUUGGGACAUGGAGGACGCCGAGGUGGUUUGCCAGCAGCUGGGCUGUGGCUCGGCUUCCAAAGCCUACUACGCCCGUGACACCUUCGGCAUAGGGAAUGGGCUCGUCAGCUUGGUCCUGGUGGACUGCAGGGGGGACGAGGCCACGCUCUGGGACUGCGAGAUCCGUGGCUGGGGACCCUAUAACAGCAGUGACCAUUAUUGGGACACGGCUGUUGUCUGCCAAGGAUUCUCCCGGCUAGUCGGAGGUGAUGGAGCCUGUGCCGGGCGUCUGGAGGUGCGUCGGGGCCGGGCCUGGGUCGGUGUCUGUGAGGAUCAGGUGGACAUGAAGGCGGCCCAGGUGGUGUGCAGGGAGCUGGGCUGCGGUGAGGCGCUCGCCAUCCCUGGCAGCGCUCGAUUUGGGAGAGGAUCAGGGUCAUUCUGGGACGGUGGCUUCCAGUGCAAUGGCACCGAGUCCCUGCUCAGUGCGUGUGCCCGGCGUCUGCCCCUCAGCCAGGCCUGCGCCGGCCCUGCCAGCGUCAUCUGCUCCGCCUACACGGGCUUCCGGCUGGGGAACAGCAGCUCGGGAUGCUCCGGGCGAGUGGAGGUGGCAGUGAGGGGGACGUGGGGAUCCGUGUGCGCCAGCGAGUGGGACCUGGCCGAUGCGCACGUCCUGUGCCGCCACCUGGGCUGCGGCCGCGCCUCCAGCGUGCCCCCGGGAGGCUCCUUCGGCAGCGGGGAGGGGACACUGCGGCCGGACGCCUUCGGCUGCCACGGGAGCGAGCGGCACCCGGGCGAGUGCCCCGUGGCCGUGCUGGGGAAGCCGCCCUGUGUGCCCGGAAACGCCGCCGCCGUCAAGUGCUCAGGUGCUGGCUUUGUCACGACCCUGCGGCUGGUGGAUGGUCAGAGCUUGUGUGAUGGGCGGCUGGAGGAGGCCAUAACCAGCCCAGCCUGGCGCCGUGUGCCGCUGGAGCAGUGGAAGUCAUGGGAUGUCAACGCGGUAUGUUCCGUGCUGGGCUGUGGCCAAGCCAGGGAUGUUUACUCUGCCUUGGGUACGGCUGCUGCAUUGAGCAGCAGCCCCAGCCUGGUGGACAUCCGGACUGAAGAGAUGGACGGCGUUUUGGACGUGGGCUCUGCACUGACCGGCAGCCCUGAGGAGAUGGAUGACCAGCUGGAGGAGAUGGGAGAUGUCUCAGGGAUGGGCCCUGCGCUGAACAGCAGCGUGGAGGAGAUGGCCAUCACCUGCUCAGGUGGGUGUCCCGAGAAGGGCCAGAGGUGCGGGUGCCCCAAGCAGCCCCCCCAGCCCAUUCCUUCCCGGCCCACAGGCAGCCGGCAGGUGAGGCUGGCGGGGAGCUCGGGGCGCUGUGCCGGGCGCGUGGAGGUCUAUUCCGGGGGCAGCUGGAGCUCCGUCUGCCAGGAAGGCUGGGAGCUGCAGGACGCCGCCGUUGUCUGCCGGGAGCUGGGCUGUGGCACGGCACUGGAGGCCCCGAGCCGGGCGCGCUUCGGUGCCGGCACGGGGCCGCUGUGGCCGUACGUGCCCGACUGCUCCGGCUCCGAGGAGUCUCUCUGGGAAUGCGGGCGCACGGAACGGCGCGAGUGCGGGCGCGGUGGCGGGGCAGGGGCCGUCUGCUCAGGUCGGUGCCGGGCACCCCAAGGUCAGGGCCCGGCAGAGGCCCCGGGGGGUUCCCGGCCGUGCCGUGACCCCCCCGCACCCCUUGCAGAGCAGCUCUCGGUGCGGCUGGCAGGAGGCCCUGGGCGCUGCCGGGGGUACCUGGAGGUGUCCUACAACGGCACCUGGGGCCGCGUCUGCGCCAACGGCACCAGAACCGGCACCGCCGCCGCCGUCUGCCGCCAGCUGGGCUGUGGGCACCUGGGCCGGCUCUCGGCUGUCCCCACCCAGCAGCCGUCCCUGGCGUGGCUGGCCUGGGUGGGCUGUGAGGACGGGGCCCGCUCGCUCUGGGAGUGCCCCUCGGCCCCCUGGCACCUGCAGAGCUGUGGCACCGGCGGCUACGCCCAAGUGGAGUGUGAGGAGGACGGCGAUGGCACCUCUGAGGGACGCACUACCCCAUAUCCGGAGGGUGCCACCAGCACAGGUGUCCCCAGCAGAUCGCCCUCAGCAGUGGCCGUGGGGACUGUGCCUGUGCCCACUGUGCUGUGCGUGGUGCUGGGGACGCUGCUGUGCCUGUCCCUGGGUGCCCUGGCCCUGCUGCUGUGCCGUGCCCGUGCCCGGCGCCGAGGCCCUGGCAGAGCUGCAGAUGCCAUCUCCAACGCUGUCUACGAGGAGCUGGAUUACAAAGCCGUGCCAGAGUACCAGGAGGUGCCCACUCCCCCAGGUUCCCUGUCGGAGGGACGGGUGAAGAAGCUGCCGUAUUACACCGGGGACAGCGUGGAGGGGAGUGACACCGAGGCCGCCCCAGAUCCCCCUGCCCGGCCCGAGCAAGGAACCCCGGAGGGCUACGACGAUGUCCUGGAUGUGCCACAGGAGGCCCCUGCUCCCAGCACUGGGGACAUCUCUGAGGGAGUGACACGGCAGAAAUCGAUCUGUGUCCUCCCCACAGGUGGGAUCUGCUCCCCUCCAUGUCCCCCAGGAGCAACAACAGACUUCUCAGAUCCGAGCCCUGGGAACACGGACUAUGAUGAUGUGGGCAGCAGCGCCCCGGCGACACUGCCAUGAGGAUGUCCUGGCCAUGCCACAGCCCAGGGGACACGUGUGUGGCAGUGCGGUGGGGCCCUGUGCCCAGGGAGGUCUGGCCCUGCCCAUGGAAGUCAUCCCUCGCUGUGCAGCGCUGCAGGAAAGCAGCUCCUGUGUAGGGAUUUCCUUUGAUUUCAGUUUAAAUUUCCAUUUUUCCUUAUUAAAAGCCAAACUGGUCAGAAACUCA